GUGGGGCUUCCGGCUCUCUGGGCGGCGGCAGAUUUGAAAAGUGCUGCGAACGGCUUCUGGAGGGUGGAGGUGGGCGAGGGGCGCGAGAAUCACCGUCCUCGUCCUCGCGUUGUCGUGGCCCGGGGCCGAAGACUUUAGGAAGUGACUGGGCGCCCAGGACCCAGGGGUCGAAGGAGGACCCCAGCAUGGAAACCUUGUCUUUUCCUAGACUGACUCCAGCUGAGAUCGUGACUCAUGUCCAAAAUUCAAUCCUGACAGGAGCUGAUGGCAAAACCCUUUCCAAGAAUGAUAUUUUUCCAAAUCCAAAGCCUGAAGUCUUGCGUAAAAUUUUCUUGCGAACUCUACAAAUCGUAUAUGGGAUUCCACUGGACCCCUUUUACAUGAUGCCAGUGAACAUUGAAGUCAUGUACCCACAGAUAAUGGAAGGCUUCUUACCAUUAUGUAACUUGUUUAUUUAUAUGGAGGCUUUUCUUCGCAUUUGUCGGGUGAAUGAUUUUGAGUUUGCUGAUAUUCUGUACCCAAAAGGAAAACGUACAUGUCGGUUUCUAAGUGCCAUCAUCAACUUCAUUCACUUCAGAGAAUCACGUCGAGAAACGUACAUGAAACACUUAUUGGAAUAUAAAUCCUCCGUGGACAAGAUGCAGCAGCUGCACACAGCGCAGCAGGAAGCGCUGAUGAAACUGGAGAAACUUGACUCUGUCCCAGUUGAAGAGCAAGCCGAGUUCAAGCAACUCUUAGAGGACAUCCAUGAGCUGCAGCAGACACUGAACGGGUUUCGUCAGAAGACAGUAACAAUACAAGAAGGAAUUUCCCAGAAGAAGUUAGACCUUUCUAAGACCACUAAACGUUUGAAUGAAUUAAAAUUGUCACUAGUUACUUUGAAAGAAGAGCAGGAGAGUUUGAAAGCAAAAAUUGUGGACUCUCCAGAGAAGUUAAAGAAUGAUAAAGAGAAAAUGAAAGAGACAGUGCAGAAACUCAGAAAUUCAAAGCUUGAAGUGACUGAGAAAUAUGAAGCCUAUAGAGAUGCAAUUGAGGGUAUGCCUUCAUUCCAAAUGGAGCUACAGUUAUAUCAGAAGAAAAUGCAAGAACUUGCAGAGAGCAUGGACAAAGUAACAAGGAUCUUGAAAGAGAACCAAUCCCUGGAGGACCAGAUUGAAAGUGCUCAGACAGAAUUAAAGAAACUGAAGACCGAGGAAACUUCACUGAAAAGACUAGUCAUCGUCGAGAAAGAGAAGCUUGCCACAACCCAGCUGAAGAUAAAUAAGAAGCAUGAGGAUGUCAAGCAAUAUAAACGCUUAGUACUGGAGGAAUGUAAUAAACUUCAAGAGAAGAGAGGAGCUGUAUGUGAACAAGUGACAGCUAUUAAUUGUGAUGCCCAGAAAGUCAGACGUGAAAUACAGCAGCUCAAAGAUGUCACCGAAAGUGAGAAGCUAAAAUUCCAGGAAAUCUUCUUCACCUUGAAAAGUGCUGUGGAGAAAUACCAUGAAGCCAUGGAAAAGGCAGCAGAGGAGGGCAAAGCUAGAAUUAGUGAAAAAGCUGCCGAGCUAAGGAGGGAGUUUAUCAUUUAGACUACACUGAAUCGAUUCAUUUGAUUUGCUCAGAACUUAAACAAGUAUGUGAAUAACCCAGUAUAAUCCAGUGAAGACCAUCUGAGUGUUAGGAUAAGUAGCCUGGGGCUCCCUGGAUGGAAAUUAAAGCAUGCUUUGACACCUAAGGAUCUUCUAAAAUACUCCUUUUAAAGAAAUCGUUUGUCAAUAAAGUAAUUCUCCUCAGUA